CUUCCUGAAGGAAGGCAGACCUGGGGCACUGUGAGGGUGGAACUGACAGGUGUUCAAAAGUCUUGGGGGUCACUGGGCAGAAAACAUCAAAGCAGACUUCACCUGACAAGUACAGCGAGACUGAUCUACUAAUUGUGGAUUUGACUGAGAGCUUGCUGAAGUCAGGGGAAAACUCUCAUUUCUUUGCAUAGGUGACUGAUUCUUUAGAUGUGCACCUGAUUCUCCCCCUCACUGUCUGAUAAAACAUCAUUUAUCAUGAGAACAUUUAUUAAAUCCUGGAUUCCUCAGUGUUUGUGGAUUCUCAGGUCACCUUGCAGAUCAUUCCAUGGAAACAACAGACUUCUUACAUCUCAGAUUAUUUCCCAUUAUGAAUCUAUAAUCCAGAAUAAAAAGGAACUGCCAGAAUAUUUCAACUUUGCAAGUGAUGUCUUAGAUGAGUGGGCACAACUGGAAAAGGAUGGAAGAAAACCAGCAAAUCCAGCUUUUUGGUGGGUCAAUGACAAGGGAGAGGAGGUGAAGUGGAGCUUUCAGGAGCUGGGCUCUCUGACCAGGAAGGCAGCCAAUGUACUUUCUGAGGCCUGUGGUUUGCAGAGAGGAGACAGAGUUACAGCAAUUCUGCCUCGUGUUCCUGAGUGGUGGCUCCUGAAUGUGGCCUGCAUGCGAGCAGGAAUUGUCUUUAUUCCAGGAACAUCCCAAUUAACAGCCAAAGAUAUCUCAUACCGACUCCAAGCUUCCAAGGCCAAGUGCAUCAUUACCAACGACACACUGGCACCUGCAGUGGAAUCUGUCCUGCCUGGCAGCCAGUUCCUGAAAAGUAAACUCAUUGUAGGCCAAGGGAGCAGGGAUGGGUGGCUGAACCUCAAAGAACUCCUUGCGGCUGCAUCUGCUGACCAUCAAUGUGUCAAGUCAAGGAGUCAAGACCCAAUGCUGAUCUAUUUUACCAGUGGAACUACAGGCUUCCCAAAAAUGGCAGUGCAUUCCCACAGCAGUUACGGCAUCGGAUUUGCAACCACUGGCAGGUAUUGGAUGAACUUGACUCCUUCAGAUAUAAUGUGGAAUACCUCUGAUACUGGCUGGGUAAAAGCAGCUUGGGGCAGUCUUUUUGCACCAUGGAUCUGUGGAUCCUGUGUCUUUGUACACAAUAUGCCACAGUUUAAACCAGAAGUUAUUGCAAAGACACUCUCAAGAUACCCCAUCACCGCCUUCUGCACGGCUCCCACCGCCUUCCGCAUGCUGGUCCAACAUGAUGUGAGCAGCUACAAGUUCCCGAGUCUGAAACACUGUGUAACUGGAGGGGAAGCACUCAAUCCUGAAGUGUUGGUGAAGUGGAAAAUCCAGACAGGGCUGGAUAUCCAUGAAGGUUAUGGCCAGAGCGAAACAGUCACAAUCUGUGCCAAUACGAAAGGAAUGAAAAUUAAACCUGGCUCUUUGGGAAAAGCUCUUCCCCCUUAUGAUGUGCAGGUACGUGGGUGUGUGGCAGUUGUGGGUAGAACAUCACUAACAAUAAGAUACUUUUUGGAAAUGUUUGAUUGUUUCCAGGAUAAUCCAGAGAAAACUGCAGCCUCUGUGCGUGGAGAUUUUUACCUCACUGGGGACAGAGGCAUUAUGGAUGAAGAGGGAUAUGUCUGGUUUGUUGGAAGAGCUGAUGAUAUCAUUAAUUCUGCUGGGUAUCGCAUUGGCCCAUUUGAAGUGGAGAGUGCAUUGAUAGAGCACCCAGCAGUCUCAGACGUGGCUGUUGUCAGCAGUCCUGACCCAGAGAGAGGGGAGGUGGUCAAAGCCUUCAUUGUUUUAGCUCCUGCUUUUAAAUCACAUGAUCCAGAAAAAUUAAUUCAUGAGCUUCAACAACACGUCAAGAAGGUGACUGCUCCUUACAAGUAUCCAAGGAAGGUGGAGUUUGUUCAGGAUCUGCCCAAGACAACUACUGGGAAAAUCCAGAGAAAUGUUCUGAAGAACAAAGAGUGGGGAAGAGCAUGACAACAGCAACAGAUUUGGAAAAUGAGGAGAAAAAGCAGAAUGACGACACCUGGAAAAACAAACUGUGGAAGAAAAAGGAGAAAACAUUCUUGAGGAUAUGUGGCAUUGGAACCACAUUUGCCAUUGAUCUACAGAUUUUCAAAAGGAAGGAAGUUCAAAUAAUUCAAAGCAUGGAAUGGGAGAGAGAUAGACAGACUCAGGUGCAUACAGAGGUCUAAUUUUUUUUACAGCAAUUUGUAUAAACAGCUUCCUUUAGAAAAAUGGGUGAAACUACAAGGCUUUGAAAAUUACAGAUGAAUGAGAAAUUAAUAAAAAUAUAUGUUUGUCCUGAGGUGGGUAUCAGCAAUUAAUUAGCAUCCAAAACCCACCACUGUGACAUUCUCAAUUUUUUUCAGAGUGGAAAGAAAAAAUAAUUUCUUUUUAAUGUUUCUCUUCAUCAUGGCGAAUUUGUGAUCUACUUAAAUGGUUAAAGUUGAGGAAAAAGUGGUCCAGGUUAAGGUGCAAAUUAUGCAUAAUUAACAAUGGUGUAAAUGAUUACAAGAAAAAAGUUACUCCACAGAAAGAGCUUUGCUGUUUGGUCUGUUUUGUGCCAUGUUCUGUUCUCGUUACUCCAGAAGAAGUGAGUAAGAAAGUCAGACGCGUUUCACUCCAAAACCUUUAUGAAGGAGUGCUCAGGCUUCACAUCUCCAGGGAACAGCUGAUCUUUACAGUGCCUCAUAUGGGAAACAUGUCCUAACAG